AGAUUGCUCAAGAGCCUGAUCUCAUAUAGUUGAUUGGGGGGGGAAAUCGUAGCCAGUUUCCACUGGGAUAUAAACACUCGCCUGAAAUUGACACGCGUCCAUCAGCCGCGGAUCUAACGAGCUCAGCCUGCGCGCUUUCGUGGUUCGUGGCGUGGGAUAUAUACAUGUAUAUGUGUAACAAAAUACUCAAAAGAGAUACAAUCAAGAUGUGUGAUUUCUUGAGGGAUCAGGAAGCCCCUGUCGUUUUGGAAUCACGAGGCAUGCUUAAGCGCCAAUCAGCAUUUGACAUGCAUGAGGCAUAUGAUACUGGACUUGACAGAUUCCUGUCACAUUUGGAUGAAGAGCAGAGUGUGCAAGAGGUUCCAACAGGCAUGUCCGCACUAUUAAAUGAUGUUGGAGCCAAUGAAGUACCGCUCCUUACGCCAGUCAGCAAGGCUGUUAUGAGCCAGGCACUCAAGGAGAGCUUCAGUGGUUUUGUCAAGGAGAGGCGACGUCUUGGUAUCCCAAAAGACCCUCACAUUUGGACUGAACAGCAUGUUAAUCAAUGGUUACACUGGGCCGUGAAUGAAUUCAGUCUGCAAAAUGUCAACUUCCAAAAAUUCUACAUGAUGGGUCAAGUUCUUUGUGAUCUUGGGAAAGAAUGUUUCCUGGAGCUGGCACCUGACUUCAUUGGAGACAUCCUCUGGGAACACUUGGAUCAACUAAUGAAAGGUUCCCAGGAAUCAUCUCAGCUGAACUAUCCAGGGAACUCUGCUCUUAUCAGUGGAAGCUCAAACUGGGUGGAUAAUAAUUCAUUUGAAUUCAACUCGAGUCAACCUCCGUGUGGGAGUCAUGUCUCUGACUUUACUGGAAGUUUCCUCUCUGAGUUGUGUCAGAUUUCGUCAGAUUUGAAUAACCAGGAUUUUCUUGGCUUGAACCGCGACCUCUCGAUCCUUGAGAUGGGUUAUUAUUCCAUGCAGCAAAAGCAAAUGAGCGGCAGCAAUCUGCACGUGGCUGCAACUGGCACUGUUGAGACCAUAAACCAAGGUUCUCUUGAAAGUAUGGACAGCUUCGAUGGUGCGGACCCCCUGUUGAAAUCUUGGAACAGUCAGUCGUCUUUAUGCGAUGUGCAGCGUGUUCCUUCUCAAGACAGUUUUGAAGAUGAUUGCGCCCAUUCCUUGUGUCCAAGCAAACCCAAUAUCUCGUUCAAAGAUUACAUCGAAGAGAGGAAAGACCCAUUGGAACAAGGAAAACCUGUCAUCCCUGCUGCCGUGCUUGCUGGAUUCACAGGAAGCGGACCCAUUCAACUUUGGCAGUUCCUCUUGGAAUUACUGACUGAUAAAUCCUGCCAGACAUUUAUCAGCUGGACGGGGGAUGGUUGGGAGUUUAAACUGACCGACCCAGAUGAAGUAGCUCGUCGGUGGGGCAAGCGGAAGAACAAGCCCAAAAUGAACUAUGAAAAGUUGAGCCGGGGGCUGCGUUAUUACUAUGACAAAAACAUCAUCCACAAGACGUCGGGCAAGAGAUAUGUCUACCGCUUCGUCUGUGACCUCCACAACCUUCUGGGAUACACGGCAGAGGAUCUUCAUGCAAUACUUGGAGUGCAACCAGACACUGAGGAUUGAUGCGUUUACUGUCGCUGCGUGGUUACAACUGCUAGCGGUGUGAAUGUUACUGGUGUGCGGUCAACCCUCUGAGCUGGUCUGGUGCAGUGGGGACGCAGUGGUUACACAAUGCGGAACGUUGCCACAGAGGCACCUUGCUUUUCCAAAGAUACAACUGGUGACAAAACCUUUUUCCCCUGUGCUCUUACCUUUUGUAGAGUUGUGCAGUAUUAACCAGUUAUAUCAUCAGUUUAGCUUAGCAAUGUGGUCAUUUUUAAAAAUAUCCUUCUGAUCUGAGAAUUGCCAAAUUGUAAAACGAGCUUUUAAUUGAAAGAGCUCAACUUAAAAGCCAUCUAGCAACAACUUGUUUAACAUGGCGUGGGUAAGUUUGUUAUUAUAGUUUCAGACCAAAGACGUUGCCAUAGUGGGAGGCUUUUAUUUGCAUGCACAGCACACUCUGAAGAGCAUAAUCCUGCCCUUCUGUGAUAUCUUGUCACCUGUGGCCAACUAAUAAUUCUGCACAUGAUACUGAUCAGAUUCCUAUGUCAAAAAUUAACUUGAUAUAGAUACGAGUGGCUAGAUUUACAUUUUGUGUCCGCAAAAAUGUAGGGGGUUUGCAGACGACAACGAAUUCUCAUUUGUGUUUAUUACUUUGCUAAAUCAAACGAUUGCUCAAGGUCAACUUCUGCUAAACAAAAUGUGGCAGUAUUAAACUGUGGCCUAGCAACUAUCAGUAAAUAUUUUAACAACAUUUUACAUGAGAUCGCCCAUGUUUUUUCGUUAUUUGUAGCAAUGGUCACUGCUUGUAAAUCCCAAAAUGUUUCCAUCUUUUUUUUAAAUUCCACCUAUUGCUCCAAAUGGUGGUGUUCCUCCAACAUGUCCACUUUACCAGGUAUGUGAAAGGUAUCAUUUUAAAAAUCAAAGUGUAAAUAUUGCAACACAACCGUACAAGUCUCUGGCAGCUGCUUCCUAUCACAGGUCUUUGCUGCCAAGGUUGGGUCAUUGUGAAAGUCAACAAACGCAUGCUUUUCAGAACGCAAUAAGGAGACGGCAGCCUCUUCAGUGUGGCAUUCAGCGGAAGUAUAUUGUCAGAGACGCUUUUUUAAAUUUUUCUUGAGUUUCUGUAAAUAUUUCAUAACUAUGGCUUAAUAGUAGGGAUGCAACACAAAUAUUUUUGAUACCUCUCCGCACUUUCAAUGUAGUAGCUACCCAUUGAUUCCGUGGUUAUUCAAUGGAAAAAUUAAAUAAAACUUGUGCAUGACUGGGUCAUGGAUUGCAAGCUGGUUCCAGGAGAUAGAUGCUCAUUUAAUGGAACCGAUCUUUAAUUAUCAAAGUGAUUAAAAUGAAUGUAAAAGUUUUUUUUUCUUUAGAUGUUAUCCCCUGUAAUACCUCAAACCUGUUUUCAGAAAGAGCCUCAAUGCAGACUUUAAAUAGUCCAACCUGAACGUACCAGUUAGCUACUGAAAUGCUUUCAUUCUAGACCCAAACUUUCUGCAUGCUAGCUCACUUUAGGACAGGAUAGAAGGGGACUAAUUUUUACACAUAAAUUAUAACCCACCUCUGGGCUGAUGUUGCAGCUGGUUAUCUGCACUGAAUCUUAAAAUUGUUUUAAAUUGAAUGAGUGAAGAAAGUCUUUUGAUACCAUAAGGUUUUCUGAAUGCAAAACAAUGUAUAGUUUUUUUUUUGUAUAGUGAUGAGAAUUUGAACAUUAAAUAUCAAUUGUUUGUAUAAAUGGUUGUGGUUUUGAUAUAUUUUUGAAAUAAAUCCAUUUCCUGAAAUAA